AUAAAAAGGAAAAGGAGGAGGAGGAGGAGGCUGGAACUUAUAAAGACGUGAAGGUGCUGCUGCUGCUGCUUCUUUCAGCGUUGUGGCUGCCAAAGAUUUCAUAGGGAAGCUGUUAAUUCACCUGUCGGCAAGGACUUCUUUCUGCCUUGAGGCUCUUGUCUAUUCCAGACUGUAUACAUUUCUCAGCAGCAGAAACUUAAAAACUAUCAUGAUGGAGACAGAUGUACAAUUUAUGAUAAAAAUCCUUGAGGAGCUGGACCAGAACGAAAUGCGCAAACUCAAGUCCUGGAUGAAUACAGUCGGGCUAAAUGAGGAGAGAAUCCCCGAAGGUAAACUAGAGGACAGCGAUGUAGUGAUGAUGGCUAAGCUGAUUUGGGGCCAUUUCCACCCAAAACAUUUGGAAGCACUUCAGCAUGGAUUGGAAGAUAUUCCAAAUAAACCACUUGUCAAGAAAGUCUCUAAUAAAAUAGAAGCUGCAAAGAAGGAACAUGGAAAUCAGACUGAAGAAGUGGAUGGUGCCCCAGCAGAGAAGUUAAACUUCACUGAACAGCCAUCAUAUAAAGGUGAUUUCAGACUUUCUGAUAUGGAAGUCUAUGCUACUGAAAAUCAAGAUCUAUUGAUAAAGGACCUAAAAGAGCAUCUGGAACCCAGUGCAUUUAAAAUACUGGAAGAAGACCUGGCUAGGAGGGCACUGAAGAAUGCUUUUAUGUUUACUGGUCCACAGUAUUACACUCUUUUAAUCAAUGAAGACAUAAAAUGUUUUUUUGAUAAUGUCAUUGCUAGUAAAAAAUCACAAAAGGUACCCUCCAAAAUUCUUGAUAUAUUGUUCUUCCCUAAUAAAAAUAAAAGAAAAAGAGAGGCUGUGGAUGAACAGCAAUCUAAUUUGCUGUCUGCACAGAAGAUGAGUCAGCCAAGAGACAAGAAACCAGUUCUUUCUAGUCCUUUUAGUUCUACAGGUGAACAGAAACCAAGUGAUGAAAGGAAAGAACUGCCAACUAAUAAAGAAAAGGAAGAUGCACAAAUAUUCAAAGAGGACACCUUCACUACAAAUGAUCAUGGAUCAGAAGUCAAAAGGCAAGAAUCUCUAGCUAAUAAUGAGAACAAUAUCCGCAUCUCCACACAGAACACCUCUACUGACGAUCUUGAUGUCAAUUAUGAUGAUGAGGAAGCAAGAGAUUACAAGAAAGAAUUGCCAGCAAAUAAACAAAAACAAAUCUCCAAAGUGGGCACAUUUGCUGAGUAUCGUGAUGUUGAUUGUGAUGUGCAGAAACCUGUAUAUGAAAGUAAAAAGAAUACUGCUAGUAAAAAAACUGACAAAGUACCAGAAAAUGAGCGAUAUAAAGCGUUAGUGAGGGCGAUCGGGAAACAUUAUAAAGAAAAACGAUACUGUUUGGAUUUAAUCGGCAUUCGUCAUCAUAAAAAAUAUCACUGCUUUAUAGCUCAAGAUGUACUACUGUUUAGAUUAGCAGAGGAAACAGAAUACCGUAUUUUACGGAGUUUGCAGGAUAAAAAAGAUCUUACUUCUAAAGACAAGCCGAAGAAGAAUGUGGAAUUUGAGCUGCAGUUUAACAUGGCUAUUCUAGGUAUUCAAUGUUCUGAACUUCUAUCUGAUAACAUUUUACAUAGAGUGAAAGCUCGGUUUUUUAGAGAAUCUGAAGAGUUUUUAGAAAAUAUUGUGUCACUAAUCGUACUUCCUGUUCUGGCUCUGUAUAAGAGGGUAAAGCUGGAUACUUUGCAAAGUCUAGGGGCAACCAAAGACAUUUUGCUGCCUAGAAUGGAACAGCAAAAGGCAACCCAAAUACAUGUACGUAGUGCCUAAAGCUGAUCAAACAAUUUUGGCAUUUGAAACAGAAACUCCCACAAAUGGCUUUUCCUUCACAGAUAACAAAUCAUUCAUUAUGACAUUUAAUAUCUGUUGCCUGAGUUAGUCUCUUCACGUUGCUUAAUGUGGUCUUGCCAGAAGGCUGAGAACACAAAUUUAUACAUGUAUUCUCAGAAAUAAGUUACACUGUGUUUGCUUAGGACACACACACACACACACACACACACCACAAUACCACACUGCACUGUUGUAGUACUAUUAUUCCACUUUUACUGCUAUGGCUGCCUCCUGUGGA